AGCUAGCUAAAGCCUUAUAGGCAGAAGAAGCAUCAAGAGAUUUGAGAAGAGAGUGCUUAGCUUUGAAACAGAUCUUUAUAUUUUUUUUUCAUCAAAGAAACUUUUGUUUAAUUUAGUCAGAGACAAUGGGAAUUUUGCUAGAACAAAAUGUCAGCAAUUCCGCUUUGCCAUUGUUAUCUCUAAACCAUGUAUCAUACCUUUGUAAGUCAGUUGCCAUGUCAGCCAAGUUUUAUCAAGAUGUUCUUGGAUUUGUUCUUAUUAGAAGACCUUCUUCUUUCCAAUUUGAGGGAGCAUGGUUAUUCAACUAUGGAAUUGGGAUUCACUUGUUACAGUGUAAUUCCAUUAACGAUGUCCAACCAAUGCCAGCAAAAAUCAACCCAAAAGAUAACCACAUUUCUUUCCAAUGCACAAAUAUUGAAUUAGUAAAGAAAAGACUAAGAGAGAUGGGCAUGAAGUAUGAAACUGCCCUCGUUGAAGAAGGUGGUAUUUUUGUUGAUCAGCUCUUCUUCCACGAUCCUGAUGGCUAUAUGAUUGAAAUCUGCAAUUGUGAAAACAUCCCAAUUCUUCCACUAUCUGCAAGUGCAUGUCCCAUUAAGAAGCCUCAAAUCCAAUCAUAUGCAAAUAACAAGAAGAGUAAUCAAGAGCAAUCUGCGGCCACCACAAAAGCGCUUAGUGCCGCAGAGAUGGAGACGCGGAUGGUGGAAAGCUUGUUUGCCAACAUGAUUGAUAUUGCCUUGUAGAGAUUCCAAUUUCAACCCAAAAUUCACAUUAUUUGUAAAAAAAUAUUCCUCUUCCUUUUUUAUAUCGGUUCAAGUUCAUACACUACGGGAAAAAAUAUCAUUGACGACACAAGAUAAGAGUUGCAGUACCCCUACGACAACUCCAUUCCAUGCAUUGUGGAACGGGGGUAUUGUAGAAAGUCCAAGUUUUUCUACAAUGGAUGACAAGUGUU